GUCCCUCUGUUCCCUCACGUGAACAACACCUGGAAAAUAUCCUGCCCGCUCUCCUAUUUGUAUCAUUUUAACCCCCACCUCUCCCUCUCCCUCCAUAUAUUAACUCCUCCCUCUCUCCUUCGUCACCCGUUUCUCUGUACAAAUUAACGAAACAAGAUGAGAGAGAUCCUUCACAUUCAAGGGGGCCAAUGCGGAAACCAAAUCGGUUCCAAAUUCUGGGAAGUUAUUUGCGGCGAACAUGGAAUUGAUACUACCGGGAAGUACUCAGGCGACGCCGCGUCGUCUGAUCUUCAACUGGAAAGAAUCAAUGUGUAUUACAACGAAGCUUCCGGUGGAAAAUACGUGCCGAGGGCGGUCCUCAUGGAUCUUGAACCGGGUACCAUGGAGAGUAUUAGAUCCGGCCCGUAUGGACAGAUCUUUAGGCCUGAUAAUUUUGUGCAUGGACAGUCCGGUGCUGGUAAUAAUUGGGCUAAAGGUCAUUACACUGAAGGAGCUGAGUUGAUUGAUGCUGUUCUUGAUGUUGUCAGAAAAGAGGCCGAGAAUUGUGAUUGCUUGCAAGGCUUUCAGGUAUGCCACUCGCUUGGAGGUGGUACAGGUUCUGGCAUGGGAACACUUCUGAUUUCAAAGAUCCGAGAGGAAUAUCCUGACAGGAUGAUGCUUACAUUCUCUGUUUUCCCUUCACCGAAGGUCUCAGACACAGUUGUGGAGCCAUAUAAUGCCACCCUCUCAGUGCAUCAGUUGGUAGAGAAUGCUGACGAAUGCAUGGUUCUUGACAAUGAAGCACUUUAUGACAUCUGCUUCCGGACUCUAAAGCUUAGCACUCCAAGCUUUGGUGACCUUAACCAUUUGAUCUCUGAAACAAUGAGUGGUGUAACAUGCUGUCUGAGGUUCCCGGGCCAGCUCAACUCUGACCUUCGCAAGCUAGCUGUAAACCUGAUCCCAUUUCCACGUCUUCACUUCUUCAUGGUAGGGUUUGCACCUCUCACAUCUCGCGGUUCCCAGGGGUAUAUCUCCCUCACCGUCCCAGAGCUGACCCAGCAGAUGUGGGAUUCCAAGAACAUGAUGUGUGCUGCUGACCCCCGCCAUGGCCGCUACUUGACAGCUUCAGCCAUGUUCAGGGGCAAGAUGAGCACCAAAGAGGUGGAUGAACAGAUGAUUAAUGUGCAGAACAAAAAUUCAUCGUAUUUUGUGGAGUGGAUUCCAAACAAUGUGAAGUCUAGCGUGUGUGAUAUUCCACCAAAGGGUCUGAAGAUGUCAUCAACUUUUGUGGGGAACUCCACGUCAAUCCAGGAGAUGUUCAGGAGGGUGAGUGAGCAGUUCACAGCCAUGUUCCGUCGCAAGGCCUUUUUGCACUGGUAUACCGGGGAAGGGAUGGAUGAGAUGGAGUUCACUGAAGCAGAGAGCAACAUGAACGAUCUAGUGGCAGAGUACCAGCAGUACCAGGAUGCAACAGUUGAGGAAGAUGGUGAAUACGAGGAGGAAGGUGAGGAGAACUAUGAUGACUGAGAAGCAUAUGAAUUGUGGCUAUUUCCUUAACGCUGGAAUGGGGUUUGACGAGUCUGCCGCCCUUGCUGGCUGUCACUAUAUUCUUUGUUGUUUUGAAAUUCUCAGUUCCGCAAGGUGAUCUCGUUAGUUUUUCCUACUCGGCACUCGAAUAAGAAAUUUCAUGUUUGUUGGUACCUCUCCACAAAGGGGUCCCAAUUGUAUUGUAUUUCUUUCUGUUGAUAUUUCUCAAUAGCGCUCAGGAAUUAUUUCCGUAAGUGCUCGGGGCAGGGGAUUGUUCAUUUUGUUGUGAAUUAAUUGCAUAUGAGAAUGGAUGUGAUACUA